UCUGUAGGGUGUUAGUGUUAUUUUGCGAUUAAACGAACAAUGGAACGGUAUCUAGUAACUGUUCUGAUACUGUGCACAAUUUUCUCGGGCUGUGUUUCUCAUUCAGAUUAUGAACAGAUCCAAAUAAACACGUAUACUUCUCGGCGUAUCAUGACUAUUGCAGCAGACCAUGUUGGUGUGGAGCUCAUCAGGGAAAUUUCUGCGUUUAAAAAGGUGGCCUAUCCUUGGUACAUCGUGAAUUUUGAAGGCAGAAACGGUUUUGGAAAUGUGUGGAAGUGCAAUGCGGUUGUUCACGAACCCCCUUACAGACGGGGAUACGUAACCAGGUGGAAUUGCAGGUUUUAAACGUGGACAAUUCGUGUCUCUUCAGAAACUAAACUGUGUUUUAUUUCUGCGUUUUGACGGAUAUUUUCAUAAUAAAUUUGUC